AUGCAGCAGCAGCAGCUGCUGCUGCAGUACAAGCAGCAGCAGCUGCAGCGAGAGGAAGAAGCAGCAGCAAAAGAACAAAACAACCUGCAGCUGCUGCUGCAGCUCAUCAGCAGCAACAAUGCUGGGGCCCCGCUGCUGCUGCAUGCAGCAGAUAACAUGUGUUUAUUUUUAUCAGUGUGUGGUGCUGCUGCUGCUGCUGCUGGUCUCCGCAGCAGCACAUCUGCUUUUUGUGCGAGCCAGGGUAUAGACAGCAGCAGCAGCUCAACAGACCUCCUGGCGCUCCUCGCCGAUGCCCUCAAUGCAGCAGACUUCGGCAGGUGGGAACUGCAGCAGCAGCAGCAGCAGCAGCAACAGCAGCAGCAGCAGCAGCAGCAGCAGCAGCAGCAGCAGCUAGUACUACUAGAAACACAGAAACCCUUAUUUACAGGCUCAGCAGGAGAUGCUGAUGCAGAAGAGUGGCAGCUUAUAGAAGCAGAAGAAGACGGCAUCGCCUCAGAUGCUGCUGUGAUAGAGUGGACUGCAGCAGGAGCUGUUGCAAGCAGCAGCAGCAGCAGCAGCAGCAGCAGCAGCAGCAACAGAAACAGCAGCAGUAGUAACAACAACAGCAGUAACAAUACCAGUAAUAGCAGCAACAGCAGCAGCAGCAGCAGCAGCAGCAGCAGCAGCUGCAGCAGCAGCAUCCCUCCUGUAGAACAUUCGGAAUUGUAA